CCUUCUUGUGUUACAGGAUGCCUGGCCACCGACACCGAGGAACGUCUGGUGGAGUACCUGCUGAACCCGGGCCGCUACAACAAGCUGAUCCGACCCGCCACCAACGGCUCGAACAGGUCACCGUACAGCUCAUGGUGUCACUGGCCCAGCUCAUCAGCGUGCAUGAACGGGAACAGAUAAUGACCACCAACGUGUGGCUGACUCAGGAAUGGGAGGACUACCGGCUGACGUGGAACCCUGCCGAGUUUGACAACAUGAAGAAAGUGCGUCUACCCUCCAAGCACAUCUGGUUACCGGAUGUCGUCCUCUACAACAAUGCUGAUGGCAUGUACGAGGUGUCCUUCUACUCCAACGCAGUUGUGUCAUACGAUGGAAGCAUCUUUUGGUUGCCUCCAGCCAUCUACAAGAGCGCCUGUAAAAUAGAAGUCAAGCACUUCCCUUUCGACCAGCAGAAUUGCACCAUGAAAUUUCGCUCAUGGACUUAUGACCGAACUGAGAUUGACCUCGUGUUGAAGAGCGAUGUGGCUAGUCUAGAUGACUUCACACCUAGCGGUGAAUGGGAUAUCAUCGCACUUCCAGGGAGGAGGAAUGAGAAUCCAGAUGACCCUUCCUAUGUAGAUAUCACCUACGACUUCAUCAUCCGUCGCAAACCUCUAUUCUACACCAUCAAUCUCAUCAUCCCGUGUAUUCUGAUCACGUCACUGGCUAUCCUCGUCUUCUAUCUGCCCUCGGACUGCGGAGAGAAGAUGACUUUGUGCAUUUCCGUCUUGCUGGCUCUCACUGUCUUCUUGCUGCUGAUUUCCAAGAUUGUGCCACCCCACCUCGCUCGAUGUGCCGCUAGUCGGCAAGUACUUGAUGUUCACCAUGGUUCUGGUGACCUUCUCCAUCGUGACCAGCGUCUGUGUGUUAAAUGUGCACCACCGAUCCCCCACCACACACACCAUGCCACCAUGGGUCAAGGUGGUGUUUCUAGACAAACUGCCCACUUUGCUGUUCAUGAAGCAGCCCCGGCAGAACUGUGCCCGCCAGAGGCUGCGCCAGCAGAGGCAGAACCAAGAGAGAGCCACGGGGAGCUUCUUCCUCCGAGACAGCGCCAAAUCUUGCACCUGCUAUGUCAACCAGGCCACGGUGAAGAAAUACGGGGGGCAGCUCCCCGAUUUACCCGAGGGGGUCAACGGCUUCCGAGAUCGGCAGGGGGAAAGUGCGACAGUGUCUCUGUGGCCUGGAGGAGGCGGUGGAAGGGGUGCGCUUCAUUGCCGAUCACAUGAAGAGCGAGGAUGAUGACCAGAGCGUCAGCGAGGACUGGAAGUAUGUUGCCCAUGGUGAUCGACCGCCUUUUCCUCUGGAUCUUCGUCUUCGUCUGCGUUUUCGGGACGAUCGGCAUGUUCCUGCAGCCCCUCUUCCAGAACUACACCACACAACACUUUACUACAACUGAAUCACGCUGCCCCCACCACCAACUAA